AUGCACCGGCUCAUGUCGACAAUGACUUCGGCGAGGCGGUUUGCCCCCUUGAAGGCCGGAGCUGCGGCGUCCACGGCCCCCAGACUGCAGGGCAUCGUGUUUGACAUGGACGGCACGUUGUGCGAGCCCCAAAACCACAUGUUUGUCGACAUGCGCGCGGCCCUCGGCAUACCCAAGAGCGUCGACAUCCUCGGCCACAUCGAGUCGCUCCCCGCGACCGAGCAGGCCGCCGCAAGGGAGACCGUCCGCUCCAUCGAGCGCCGGGCCAUGGUGUCGCAGACCCCGCAGCCGGGGCUCGCCGCCCUGAUGGACUACCUCAACUCGCGGACGAUCCGCAAGGCCAUUUGCACGCGCAACUUCGACGUCCCCGUGCGGCACCUGCUCGACAAGUUCCUGGCCGGGUCGGCGUUCCACCCCGUCGUCACGAGGGAGUUUACGCCGCCGAAGCCCGAUCCCGCUGGAAUACUGCACAUCGCCGAGCAGUGGGGGUUGAGCAACGCAAGCGGGCUGAUCAUGGUGGGGGAUUCCAUCGACGACAUGGCUGCCGGGAGGGGGGCCGGCGCGGCGACGGUCCUGCUGGUAAACGACGCGAAUGGCUGGUUGGCGAGCCACGAGUAUACCGACUUGGUGAUUGAGCGGCUGGACGAGCUGGUUGGCAUUCUGGACGAGGGAUUCCGGGGGAGGGCUGUGGACAAGAGCGCGGCGUCGGCGGCCGAGACAGACUUGGCCUCGGAGACUACGAGUGCAGGGCUGUAG